AUGGCAGACGACUCAGACGGCGAGUUUGUAGUCGAUGACCUAUCCGACGAUGACCAGACGGACCACAAUGUCGGAGGAAACGACGGUAUAGAUCGAAACAUGAAUGGACGCCGACAACAACAACAACAACAACAACAAAAACGUGGAGGAGGAGGAGGAGGAGGGGGGGGGGGCGGUGGCGUCGUCGUCGCCAACGCAGCAGGACGCCCUUCACGUAGCAGUCGACAAGGCCAGGGCCAGGGCCAGGGCCAGCGAAGACCGAGAAGACGUGGCGACCGAAAGGACACGGCCCAGGCGUGGGAGAAGUCCAAGCGGACGUGGGAGACGAACCUGCCCGACGAGGACCAGGACGGCGUGCUCAACCUGACGGCUCUCGAGGCCGAGAGGCGGCGGCGGCUGCUGCGCGACACGACGCCCCUGCAGAGGGGCAUCAUCCGCCACCUGGUGGUGGUGCUGGACAUGUCGUUCGCCAUGGCGGACAAGGACCUCCUCCCCACGCGGCACAGGCUGACGCUGGCGUACGCGGCGGCCUUUGUGCGCGAGUUCUUCGAGCAGAAUCCCAUCUCGCAGCUGGGCAUCGUCGGCAUGAGGGACGGCGUGGCCGUGCGCGUGUCCGACCUGGGGGGCAACCCGGCCGAGCACCUCGCCAGGCUCAAGGAGUGGGAGGACCAGGAUCCUCAGGGGAAUCCGAGUCUGCAGAAUGCUCUCGAGAUGUGCAGGGGAGCUCUAUUGUCCGUCUUUUCCCUCCUCACUCUUUCUUCUUCCAGUUUUUUUUUCAUUUUUCUUAAACCCCUCCUCUCUCUCUCUCUCUCUUCUUUCUUUCGCCAUACGUUUUGGGCCGAGAUGGCUGACAUCAUCCAUAGUCACACACCGUCUCACGGGACGAGAGAGGUCCUCAUCAUCUACGGAGCGCUUCUGUCCUCGGACCCGGGUGACAUACACGACACGAUAGACAGCCUGAUAGCCGACCGCAUACGCGUGUCCAUCGUCGGCCUCUCGGCCCAGGUGGCCAUCUGCGCCGAGCUGUGCUCGCGGACCAACGCCGGCGACGAGUCGCAGUACAGCGUCGCCAUGGACGAGGUCCACUACAAGGACCUGUUCCUGGCCGCCACCACGCCGCCCGUCAGCCGCUCCGCCGACCAGACCGUGGCCAGCCUGCUGAUGAUGGGCUUCCCCUCGCGCACCCUCACCCCGGCCGGCACCACCAGCUACUGCGCCUGCCACUCCCGCCCGGUGAGGGAGGGCUACAGCUGCACCCGCUGCUCCGCGCGCGUCUGCCGCCUCCCCGCCGAGUGCCCCGCCUGCGGGCUCACCCUCAUCCUCAGCACCCACCUCGCCCGCUCCUACCACCACCUCUUCCCUCUGCGGAACUGGGUCGAGGUUCCCUGGUCCCGCGCCGGCAGCUCGUCCGCCUGCUUCUCGUGCAUGUGUCCGUUUCCCGACGCCAAGUCGCACCAGCAGGCUGGCAACGACGGCACUUCCGGUGACGCUGCUGCUGCUGCUGACGGGGUGGCAGAUGAUGGGAAGAAGAAGAAGAAGGAUGCCGAUGGAAAAGUCAAGGGUGUGAGUGAGAGUGGGAGGUACGCGUGCGAGACGUGCGGGAACCACUUCUGCAUCGACUGCGACGUCUUUGCCCACGAGAUUGUGCAUAACUGUCCUGGGUGUCAGAGCAAUGCGUCUGGUGGCGGUGCAGCGCCGGUAGAGUCAAAUGGGACGGCUAUGGUGGUUGAUGGGUGA